ACAAUUACUAGGGUUUUGGACUCUGUAUAUAUACCCUCAUUUUCCCACUAAACCAAAAUCCACUGCCGAAUCUUGGUUUUGAAUUAGCUCCUCGUCUCCUUUAGCCUUUUCAGAGCUUUGAUCGAGGAGCAGCUAGUUAAUCAAUCAUGGGUCACUCUAACGUCUGGAACUCCCACCCCAAAACCUACGGCCCUGGCUCUCGCGCCUGCCGUGUGUGCGGAAACCCCCACGCCAUCAUCAGGAAGUACGGACUCAUGUGUUGCAGACAGUGCUUCCGUAGCAAUGCCAAGGAAAUCGGAUUCAUCAAGUACCGCUGAAGAAUUUAUACGGUGUGAAGUAGGAAGGACUUUUGCCAAGUAUGAACCAUUGGUAGUCUGGUUGUUGAAUAUGAAGGAACUAAGAAAUUGGUUUUUUUUUUUUUUAAGUUUAGACUGGACCUCAAAGUGGUUGUUGAACUGAGAAUAGCUUGUUGUUUCUCAAUGAAGCAAUCGUAUUGUUUUUAUUUGGGAAUAUCUUUAUUGUUAAGUUUGCUAAUAAAUGUCUUUGCAAUGUGAUUAU